ACUCUAAAUAUACCUUUUCAGAUAAUAGGUUUAACUGAAAUGUGGUUGAACGAAAACAACAAGGAUGAUUUUAACAUAAACAAUUACAAAUAUUUAGGUUCAAACAGGCCAAGAAAACGAGGCGGAGGAGUAGGCAUGUAUGUUUCAACACAAAUCGAAUAUAAAAAUCGGAGUGACUUAAAUAAAAAUCUAGAAGAUAUAAUUGAAGCCAUGUUUAUUGAAAUAAUAAAUACAAGUGGUAAAAAUAUCAUUAUUGGGAUUAUUUAUAGACCACCAAAUGGGAAUUUUGAUACAUUUCAAAAUGCAAUGAAUGAAUUCUUAGGAAAGGUUGACAAAGAAAACAAACUGUGCUACUUAAUGGGAGAUUUUAAUAUUGAUCUUUUUAAAUCAGAAUCUUGUGAUUAUGCUGGUAACUUUAUUGAACAAUUAUUUACAUCCUCAUUUUUCCCUCUUAUUAAUAAAGCUACUAGGAUUACAAGUCAUACGGCCACUCUUAUUGACAACAUCUUCACUAAUAAUAUUGAAGAUUUUAAUAAUAGUUUGAAUGGUAUUAUUUUUAGUGAUAUUUCAGAUCACUUGCCUAUAUUUCAUAUGUUUAACUCAGAUUUAUUUGGGAAAAAUACUGAUAAUGCAAAUACUGUAAUUUAUCAAAGAGUUUAUAAUCAUGUUAACAUGAAUAAUUUUUCUAAAGCAAUCAAAAAUGCUUCCUGGGAUGAAAUAUUAAAUGAAGCAAACAACCCAGAGAAGGCAUAUAAUGAGUUUCUAGAAUUGUUUCUUGGUUUGUAUGAAGUUAAUUUUCCAUUAAAAAGAAAACAAAAUAGUGGAACAAUUGAUAGAAACAAAAGUCCCUGGAUAACUAACUCUAUUUUAAAAUCUGUUAGAAAUCAAAAUAAACUGUACAAAUCUUUUCUUAAGAUUCCAAAUGAAAAAAAUAAACAAACAUACAUUAGCUACAAAAAUAAAUUAAACCAUAUUAUUAGACUAGCAAAACAGACAUAUUAUGAGAAGUUAAUCAAACACAAGCAAAAUUCUAAAAUGAUAUGGAAAACACUAAAUGAACUACUAAACAAGCCUAAGAAAAAUACUGCAGUAUCGAAAACUUUUGUUGACUCAAGUUCAAAUAUAAUUCAUGACCGAAAAGAAAUAGCAGACAAAUUCAAUGACUACUUUACCAACAUCAGACCAAAUUUAGCCAAAAAAAUUCAACAGAAUGACAAUAACAGUUUUGAUAAAUAUCUUACAGAUAAUUAUCAAUCUAGUUUCUUUCUUAAUCCUAUCACUGAUUUUGAACUUGAAGAAGAACUAAAAAAUAUGAAAUCAAACAAGAGUUCUGGAUAUGAUGGUAUUAGCACUAAUAUAAUUCCAGAGCAGAAAGUUUUGCCGUUUCGUUAA